AUGCAUCGCUCGCUUCCAGCCUUGACCUUUGUUCUCGCUUUGCAGUCUUUUGAGGUUGCAGGCGGCGCUGUAUACCUGCAAGGACCGGUAUCUAUGUCUCCUCGCGAUGACGGGGAUAGUGGUGACGACGGUGAUAGUGAUGAUGAUGGUCCAUCCACUAGCAGGACGACUUCUACCAGUACGACCUCUACAUCUACAUCUACAUCUCAGUCAAGCUCGAGCUCCAAAACUCCUACCUCGGGCACGCUAACCAGCCUCAGCUCGAGUUAUACCAGUUCCUCCAACUCAUCCCAGAAUAAUGGGUCUUCGACUACUAGUCAAGGACUUAGUACUGGAGCACGAACUGGUCUAGCAUUUGGGAUAAUGUUUCUCUUAAUAUUCUGCGCAAUGCUAGUGUGUUACUUGAGGAAGCGAUCUCGUAGGGCUCGGGAGAGUGUCAAUUAUGGACCUACCCUUCUGUCCUCAGAAGUGAGUCAAUACCGUCCCCCCGACUCUGCUACAUCUCUAGAGAGAGAUCUUCCACGUCCGCCUCAACUGGAUACUGUAUCUCCUAAUUCACCUGAUAUCUCGCAUUCCUCUUCCCUCAGCAAUUUCAAGCGCCGCUCCCUUACUGAGCGAUAA